AUAAAAGUCUGGUAAAAAAACGAAGUUGAACUCUAAAUUUGCCCGUAAUAAGCGCAGACAUAUAGGCCAGUUAAAUGGACAAGAUUUUAACCUUAAACCAAAAGACUUUUAAAUAGUUAUUAAAUUCAAGUGAAAAAAUAGUAGCGAUGAAUGUUAUUAACAAUAUAGUAGAAGGUUAUGCAGAAACUAAGAAAGAUUUAAAAUCGGUCUUUAAAGGGAGCAAAUCAGCUUUUAAAGAGAAAAAAAUAGAAUAUGAAGCUAAACGAGAAGAAACAUUAUAUUAUGGAUAUUCCGGAUUGGAAUUCCAUAUUAAUAACAAAAUUGUUAUGAUCUCCAGAGAAACUGGAUUUAUGUCCAGAACUCCCCUUUUUUACUUGAAGUUAAGUGACACUUCUCCGGAUAAGGAGACUCAAUUGUUUGCUUUUGUAAAAGCUACUAGAGAAGAUACCACGGAUUAUAGGGUGAGAUACGGAGAUGUCUUAAUAUUAUGGUCUUCAGUUGGGGCCGGACGUUACGCUCGUCCUACAAAACUGAGAAGCUUUCUAGUGAUGCAAGACUUAAGAAAAGACAUUAAUUUCGACAAAAACUUGCGAGGGAUUAAUUUGUAUAAAAUAGUACAUCCCACUGCACCACUAAAUAAAGAUGUAAUAAAGUAUGGAGAUCUUUUUAACCUUCGCAGCGUCAACUUUCUAAACUUAUACGUUGGGAUUCAUGAUGACUACUUGAAACUUGUAGAUUGUAAAACUUCUGUUAAGAAACCAGUAUUUCAAGUGUUUCGAAGUAAUAUCAAGCUUAACAGAUCUCCGUUGGUCAAACCUUUCAUAACAAGCUCUCAAGAAGCUACUGAAUCUUAUGAAGAACCCGAGUAUAUCAGCAACAUGCGCACCUUUUUUUCUUUUGGAAUUUUCUAA